UUAGGCUUUUGAGUUGGGUGCUCCCAAAUCUUCCAUAUCUAUAUAUAUGUAGAGAGGGAGAGAUCAUUAGCUGGAAAGAGGAGCAAAGAGAUCAGCACGUAAGUAGAGAGCAAAAUGUCAGGCUCAUCAGCAGAUGACAAAGAAACCAAGAGCUCUUCUUCUUCUUCAUCAUGGUGGCUUCUGUGCUGCAGAAAUUGCAUUUGCAGUUCAAGUUCUUCAGACAAGCAGGAAGGUGGCCAUCAGAAGAAGAAGCAGCCUGGAGGAUGGAGGGCCAUGCCUUUCAUUCUAGGGAACGAGACGUUUGAGAGGUUGGCAGUGUUUGGGUUGUUUGCGAACUUUAUGGUGUACUUGACGAGAGAGCUUCAUAUGGAUCAAGUCUUUGCUUCCAACAUUAUGAACCUUUGGUUUGGUCUUACCAACUUUGCUCCUCUCCUCGGUGCCUUCAUCUCCGACGCCUAUGCUGGUCGCUUCAAGACUAUUGCCUAUGCUUCCGUUGCUUCCCUUCUGGGGAUGAUUACAGUGACUCUAACAGCUUGGUUACCCAACCUGCAUCCUCCAUCUUGCACUCCUGAGCAACUAGCACAGAACCAGUGUGUGAAAGCUAACAGUACUCAUCUUGGUGUUCUGAUCCUGGGACUCUGUUUCUUAACCAUAGGCUCUGCUGGAAUAAGACCUUGCAGUAUCCCUUUUGGUGUCGAUCAAUUUGACCCCACUACUAGUGCAGGCAAGAAAGGGAUCAAUAGCUUCUUCAAUUGGUACUACACUACAUUCACUGUGGUUUUGCUCAUAACCCAGACGGUGGUGGUCUAUAUUCAAGACUCUGUUAGCUGGAAGAUAGGGUUUGGGAUACCAACUGUGUGUAUGUUCCUCUCAAUCAUCAUGUUCCUCGUUGGGAGGAGGAUCUAUGUGCAUGUUAAACCAGAAGGGAGUAUUUUCUCUGGCAUUGCGGAGGUCCUAGUUGCUGCUUACAAAAAGCGACAUGUGGAGCUUCCAAGUGAUGAGAAAGUCGAUGGGGUUUUCUAUGAUCCGCCUUUACAGGAAGGUUCCAGCUUUUUGUCAAAACUCCCUUUGACUGAUCAAUUCAGGAGCUUAAACAAAGCCUGUCUGAUCAUGGAGGGUGAGCUGAACCCAGAUGGGACCAGAGUGAACCAGUGGAGGCUUACCAGCAUACAGCAAGUAGAAGAAGUGAAAUGCCUAGCGAGGACUUUCCCAAUCUGGGCUGCUGGGAUCCUCAGCUUGACUUCAAUGGCACAACAAGGAACAUUCACGAUAUCACAAGCCUUAAAAAUGAACAGACACCUCGGACCUAAGUUCCAAAUCCCAGCAGGUUCAGUUGGGGUCAUCUCAUUCCUCACCAUAGGCCUCUGGGUCCCUUUCUACGACAGGUUCGUCGUACCUUCACUUAGGAAAAUCACCAAACACGAAGGGGGCAUAACUCUGCUUCAAAGAAUCGGAAUCGGCAUGGUCUUCUCUAUCCUCUCCAUGAUCGUCGCCGGUAUGGUCGAGAAAGUGAGAAGGGACUCAGCCAAUUCCAAUCCAAAUCCACUAGGAAUCGCCCCCAUGUCGGUGAUCUGGCUAGCACCACAACUGAUUCUGAUGGGUAUGUGUGAAGCGUUCAAUAUAAUCGGACAAAUAGAGUUCUUUAACAGACAAUUUCCCGAGCACAUGAGGAGCAUUGCUAAUUCCUUGUUCUCUUGCUCGUUUGCUGGAGCUAACUAUGUGAGCACGAUUCUAGUGACCGCAGUUCAUCGCACCACAAGAACACAUACGCAUCCAGAUUGGCUCACGAAUGACAUCAAUGAUGGUAGAUUGGACUAUUUCUACUACCUUAUUGCUGUGAUUGCGGCUCUGAACAUGGUUUAUUUUCUCCUGGUUGCUCGGCAAUAUCGUUACAAGCCAACUGAUGUAGAUUUUGCUCCCGAUGUUGAGCUAGCUUCGCACAAAGGCUAGUGAAAAUCUGGAUCGCUGUUAAUGGUAUCAAGAUUAUGCAUGUAUGAUAAAAUACUAUAUUAAAUAAAUUUAAAGUGAUUGCAGUCAGCUAUGCUGUCAGAGUAAUUCAAUUUUGUGGGUCAUGCGCAAAUUACAAAAUAGAAAUGUGAAGAAUUAUAUAAUUAU